CUCUUACCAUCAGGCGACCGGUCGAGGCGAUAAAAAAACAAUACCACUGCAUAGCCAUGGAGAGAAGAAUGCACACCGGAUGUCCAAGUUUUAAUUGAAAAGGAUGGGACACUUCCAUCGCGCUCCGUCUUUACAAAUUACUCCCUUGAAGGUGCGUGCGUGCCGAGUGCGCAUGCGUUGAUGGACGCAGCGAGCGGGGCCGCGAGGGGCGGCCGGGCGGCGCGGGCGCUCCGUCUCCUGCUCCUGUUGGUUCUAGCGCUGGCCGCCGUGGAGUACCUUUUCGGCUCCAUACUGGAGGCGUCUCCACUCAGGACGUAUCUGUAUACGCCGCUGUACAACGCUACGCAACCUACUAUCAGAUCCAUCGACCACCCACCUUGGCCUAAAGCUCUUCAAGCCGAAACGACUCAGAACACCAAAAACUCGACCCAAAACAGCACAAACCAGACAAACCAAACCAGGCAUAAACUCGACGUCGUACGAAAACCAGAAAACGUAACUGUAAAGAGACCAGAAAACACGACAAAAAGAAAACCCGACAACGCGACCAAUACUCAGCCAAAUAUGACUCGGCCAGAUGUAGAAGACAGCACGACGCUGCUGAUAUCGAAGAUUAUGGACAGUAUUAAGAAUUCUGCUACUACAGAAGGGGAGUUUAGGAGGAAUGAGACGGAGCUACCGUUAUGCGAUAGCAUGCCGCCAGAUUUAGGUCCAAUACCAGUGAACAAAACAGACAUGGAGCUAGACGUGGUAGAGAAAUACCCCGAGGUGCACUGGGGCGGUCGGUACUCCCCACCCAACUGCACGGCGCGGCACAAGGUUGCCAUUAUAGUGCCAUACAGAGAUCGUCAGCAGCACUUGGCGAUAUUCCUGAACCAUAUGCAUCCGUUCCUGAUGAAGCAACAAAUAGAAUAUGGAAUAUUUAUAGUCGAACAAGAAGGUACCCACGAAUUCAACAGAGCCAAGCUCAUGAAUGUAGGCUUCGUGGAAAGCCAGAAGCAGAAAGCCGGUGGCUGGCAGUGCUUUGUGUUUCACGACAUAGACCUACUGCCGCUCGACCAGCGGAACAUGUACUCCUGUCCAAGACAACCCAGGCAUAUGUCUGCGUCCAUAGACAAAUUAAAUUUCAAACUGCCAUACGAAGACAUAUUCGGCGGAGUAUCAGCCCUCACGCUGGAGCAGUUCCAGAAGGUGAACGGCUUCUCCAACCGCUACUGGGGGUGGGGCGGUGAGGACGACGACAUGGCCUAUAGGUUGAAGAAGAUGAACUACCACGUAGCAAGAUAUAAAAUGUCCAUAGCUCGGUACGCCAUGCUGAACCAUAAGAAAUCUAAUCCUAAUCCAAAAAGGUACCAACUUCUCUCCCAAACAAGCAAGACGUUCAAGAAGGACGGUCUAUCGACGCUAGACUACGUUCUGGUCGACGUAGUACACCACCAUCUUUACACUCACAUAGUCGUGAACAUAGACGAACAUAGCUGAUGGACAUACUUCGCCAAACUCCUGUUUGGCGACGAGAGGUAACUAGUGACCUUGUGAUAUUACAGUUACCAUGUUACUAAGUGAAUACUGCAUUUGUUGUUUGGAAUAUUACAGUUACAAAACUGUUCAAUGGAAGUCACAAAUUAAGUGCUGUGCCAGGAAUAAUUUUAUGAUUGCGUUUGAUGUUAAGUGUAAAGUGUAUUAUAUGAAUCUGUUUUUAUUUCGUUUUUAAAUCAUUGACGUUUUGUAUUUGUCAAUUUAGAACACUAUUAAUUUAUCUGUCGGAAUCUGUGUAAAUAUAUUUUUCUUUUUUGAUGUUGCUGUAGGAAAUGCUGUUAUGAAAUAUAUAGGAUUUUGUGUUCAUAUCAGAGAUUUUAUGAUAAAAACAAAGUAAUAACGACAAAGAACAAUUUGUGAACAGGGCUAGCACACGAUUGGCGCAACAGUAUCUCGCCGCGACAGAAAUCACAUUUUCUAAUUGUAUUAAUGAUAUAAUCUCGCGACAAUCGUAUGCUAGCCCUGCUGGAUCGUUGCUGUUAAGUAUAUAUGGACACCGGCCAAAUAAAAGACACCAUCACAUGAUAAUAUAAGAGUAAACUGCAGAAUAGACAAGAUAAAUAUUAGGUAAGAGACAAAUUCGCUUCAGUUUUGUUACAUAUAAUUGUAUGAAUUUGUAACGCCAUACAUGAUGUGGGUCGAUGGCAAUUUUUUUAUAAUCAUUUCUCAAGUUUCUACGAAGCCGAUGUAGGUAUAUCUAUUCUGCGCUUUACUUAACUCAUAAGCACCACUUCAAAUCGACCUAUAUGUAAUAUAUG